UCCAAAAUCUAAAUACAGUGUUUAGUUGGCUACCUGUCUCCCAGGUGAACGGAUUCUGAAUGUGUGAAUUAGAAUAAUAUAAAAUCAACUCGAUGAAGUUGUUGUGAAAAUGAAGAAAUCUACGUGAUCAUUCGAAAAACCCCGCGAAGUGAAUUCACCAAUUAAAAAAUCCAUCAAACUGAGUUGAAGUAUAUCUGUGAAUUGUUCUGUGUCAGCUCCUAUAGGAGGCAGAUAAUCAAGAUGAAAAGAACCCGGUUGAAUAGUCCAUAGUUAAAAGUGAUGAAUCGUCCGAUGCAAUAGUGAUUUCGUCCGCAGUGAUUCGUCCAUUUAAAGGACGUGACGUUUUCGUCAAGGACGCAAGAACGGUCCAAAGGACGACAGGACAAUGGGACGAGAAAGGACUUUAUCGAAAGGACUCGUCCUAGUUCGGAGUUCAGUUCUAAUUCUAUCAUUUCUAGUUCUUUCCACAUCGUCUUUUGCCAGACGGUCGAGUAGUAGUAAAUACUUGGACAAAAGUCUAAACCCUGAUAGUUCAUUUCAGUCUUCCAGGCAUUCAAGAUGGCGACGGAUGCCGCGACCUAAUCCUGAAGCUUUAUCAGAUUCUGAAACUUUGUUAUUGUUAACACAGGAGAACCAAGUUGACCAGGUGGCUAACCUGUACAAACCUGAAAUCCUGAACUGCGAUGAGAAACCUAGUGUUAAAGAAGAGUCUCAAAUAGAUUUUUAACCGAGAUGAACCUGAUCGGGAGAAAGAGGUUCAUGUUACAGUGAAGGCUAGUGACAAGGGUCGACCCUCCCUGGAAGAUGUGUGUACUAUAACUGUUGUAAUUGAAGAUAUUAAUGAUAAUUCUCCAAUAUUCGACAGAGCAAGCUACGAUAUUCCAAUAGCGCAGGAUACAAAAGAAGGGACUCCUAUAAUGCGAGUAUCUGCUACGGAUAUAGAUGAAGGAGAUAAUCAGAGAAUAACAUACGAGUUCCAGGCCUCACAAUAUCAACAGGAUAUUGAAUACUUCAGAUGGGAUGAUAAAACAGGCGUUGUGACACUUAACAAGAAAAUUGAUAAACCUGUAGGAUCCGUCUUCCUUCUUACGGCGUAUGCUAAGGAUGGAGGUAUUCCACCCAGGAGUUCUCAAACAGCUGUAACUAUUGAUGUUAAGGAGAGUAAUAAUAAACCCCCAACCUUGUCAGUUUGUCCUUCUAUCUGUCAGUUUGACAGUUGGUCCUUCUAUCUGGGACCAGGCGCUGAGAUAGAACUAAGCGAAGGAACAGUAGACUGGAAUACACCCAUAGUUAGCUAUACUGCAGAUUCACAGAUACCUGGUGACCCAACCCUGUUCUUUGAGUUGGUGAAUGGUAGAACUGAACAGACAAAUAAAGAUACAACCUUCAGGGCUGUUCAAGAUAUUUCCAACCAGCAGCGUGUUAUCAUCUAUCUGGCCAAACCACUAGAAUUUGAAAAGGUCCAAGCGUACACACUGACCCUGCAGGUGAGGAACAGUCAGGAUCUGGUUGCUGAGGCCCAGCUCAACAUCAAGGUGAAGGACGAGAACAACAAGAGCCCAGUUUUCACCAAUAUCGAGUCAGGUGCUGUACUUGAACAUGAACCUGCUGGAACUGUUGUUAUGUCUGUAUCAGCUAUAGAUGGAGAUGGAACCUAUCCUAAUAACAGGGUCAAAUACUCCAUAUCUGACUCGAAUCCUGAACUUCUAUCAAAGUUCGACAUAAACCCCGACACCGGUGUUAUUACGACUAAAGUCGAGUUCGACAGGGAAGAGACUGCGUACUACGCCCUGACUAUAAUUGCCUCCGACGGAGCUACGAGUAGCCUCCUAAAGAAUAAUAAACCGAACCAGACUCCCCAGAAGUUUAGGAUUGUUAUAAAAGACAAGAAUGACAAUCCACCAUACUUCCCUCAGCAGACGUAUAGAGCCGAGGUCCCCGAGGAUGCUGAUAUUGGGAGUAAAGUUAUCGAAGUUAAAGCCCAGGAUCUGGAUAAAGAAGCCUCACUGACCACAUACAGUAUUGAGAGCGGUAACCUCAACAACGCCUUCAAGAUCGAGGAGCAAACCGGUUUUAUCAGAGUAAACACUGAAUUGGAUUACGAAACAAUCCGAGAGUACACUUUGAGGGUUCAGGCAUGGGAUGGUCAAUACAGUAAUGACACUACAGUGCACAUUGACAUCUUGAACGUGAACGACAUGAAACCAAGGUUUAAAGAGGAGAAGUAUGUCACAACUCUCAAGGAGAACUUUGUUCCGUCCUAUCCAAUAUUCUCGGUUCAAGCUGAAGACCCUGAUAUUGGGGAUCCAUCAGUUCCUCAGAAUAUAACUUACUUCCUGGAUCAAACAGCUCAGAUAGCUCCUCAUUUCCAGAUAUCUAGCGAUGGAGCUCUUAGAAUUGUUAAACCACUGGACCGUGAUCUACCGGACGGGUUUCCGGUCUGGACAAUGUUUGUAUUUGCUAAGGAUGAGAAUGGUGGACCAAACGGUCGAGAAAGCUUUGUUGAGUUUGAGAUAACUCUGGAUGAUGUGAACGACAAUGCUCCAUUUCUAAAUAUGCCUGAUGGACUUGUUUGGCCGGAGAAAUUGUUAUUUUUUUAUUACAUAUUGAUUAUAAUGUAUAUUCUGUGUAUAGGUGAGGUUGGUAGACUUGAAGCCCUGGACUAUGAUACCCCAGCCAACGGACCCCCCUUCACCUUCAAGAUAGACCCUAAGGCCCCUGCCUCCUUCAAGGCCAAGUUUGGGAUUAAAAAGAAGAGUAAUGGGGAUUACUACCUAGAGACAAAGGAGAUAUUUGAUAGAGAAGAACUAAAGGUUUAUGAGAUCCCUAUUGAGGUGGCUGACAACCAGGGUUUGAAGGCCGUGUCCUUCCUCCGUUUGAUCAUCGGGGACAAGAACGACAACCCUAUGGAGUCCGGGAGCAGUGAGAUCUACGUGUACAACUACAUGGGUCGGGCACCCACCACGGAGAUCGGUAGAGUCUACGUCGACGAUCCUGACGAUUGGGAUCUUCCAGACAAAUCUUUCUUCUUCAAGGAUCCAUCUUUGUUUCCUGAUUUCGAGCUGAACAGGGACAACGGGAUUAUAUCUAUGAAGGAGGGGAUUAAACUAGAUGAGGAGAUUAAGGUGUAUCACAUGGAGUUUCGUGUAGAAGACCCGGUUCACCAGCAGACCGGACCCAACGCCGUCUAUGCGAACGUCACGGUCACCGUUCAGCGGAUACCCAAGGAGGCCGUCACCAAGUCCGGCUCUAUCCGUCUUGACAUAUCGCCGGAAAAGUUCAUUUCCGCCGAAGACGGUCGUGAAAAACUGACCAAGCUUCUCCGUGGAUAUUUGAAUCCGAACGCAUCCAUUGUGGAUGUAUUCACUGUGCUACCGGCCGGUCCUAACGGGGAAUUCACCGAUGUCAGGUUCUCUGCACACGGUUCUCCCUACUUUGCCCCGGAGAAGAUGGAAGUAACGGUUGCGCGGCGGAAAAUGGAUCUGGAGCGCACACUGGGAUUCAAGAUCCUGAUGGUGCACAUAGACGAGUGCUUAUACGAAGGAACAAAAUGCGAGGGAAGUUGUUAUAACUCUCUUGAGAUAGAAAACAACCCCACCGCCAUAAUGACGAAUACAACAACAUUUGUCGGCGUAACGGCCCGUGUCGAACCCAGAUGCGGAUGCCCGGUGGACAAGGCUUUCCAAACCUGCUCCGCCGGUUUCGAGGCACCGGAUGCGGGAACUGAAUGUUUGAACGGCGGAACAUGUGACGGCCGACAGUGUAAAUGUCCGGCGGAAAACUCGCCGGAGUUUGGUCCACAGUGUGAAAAACUGUCGGCCAGUUUCCGGUACGGUUGGACGACCCAGCGCGGCGUGUCAGCCUGCGCCAACACCAGUUUAUCCUUCAUGUUCACAACGAAGCAACAGGAGGGACUUCUACUAUACCAGGGCCCAUCUCCAAACACAGUGGUUGAAGGAGUAACAGAUUUCUUCGCAGUAGAACUACAGGAGGGAAAACUUAAAUACUUUCUAAACUUCGGAGCCAGUACACAGAUAGGAGUUGUACCCAAGGUUGUAUCGGACGGUGAGGAGCAUCAUGUGCAAAUAUCCUGGACAAAUAGUUCUGUUAGUGUUAUUCUGGAUAAUGGGGAGUGUAUUCCUAAUAUUAGGGAGUGUCAGUUACAGAACUCACGGCCCCAGGGUAAAUCUCAAUUCCUAAACACGAAUGGUCCUCUCCAAGUCGGAGGUCUAUACUUUGGUCCUGAAAGACUACGUGAGCUUGCAGCUGAGCUGGGGUUGACCCGUGAGGAGCUACCUGGAGGAACCAGCUACGGAGGUUGUAUCAGAGAACUCAGGAUAUCAGAGGGUGGAGCUAGUAGAUAUGUUAGUCUAGGCACUCCUUCAGACGGAGAAAACUAUCAGGAUGGGUGCAGUAUGGAAUAUGUUCUAGCGGUUGAGGCUACGGGGAUGAAUUUAAACUUUCUUAUUAUCAUCCUUGUCAUCCUGGCCAUCAUCCUCACAGCUGUUGUUGUACUCGCUAUGUACAGGCGGCGACGUGUUCACUACAAUGACAAGGAUAUUGAUUGUGAUAUUCGUGAGAAUAUCAUCAACUACGAGGAUGAAGGAGGUGGUGAGGGAGAUCAAACAGGAUACGAUCUUUCUGUUCUCAGGAUGAUGUCCGGAGAGAAUGGGACUCCAAUGCUCCACAGUAAGGAUAAGAUCCCUGCCCCCCAGCACAGGCCUCCAGUGGGUGAAGUGCCUGGUGUUGAAGAUUUCCUUGAUGAGACUAAGGAUAGGAUGGAUCAGGAUCCAGAAGCAACUCCUUAUGAUGAUCUUCGCCAUUAUGCAUAUGAAGGAGACGGUAACUCUGGAGGUUCUCUCUCUAGUUUGAACUCAGGAUCAGACGCUGAUGAAGAUUUACAGUUCGAAUAUUUAAACCAAUUUGGGCCUAGAUUUAAGAAGUUGGCAGAUCUCUAUGGUAGAGAAUCAGACUCAGAAGAUUCUCAGGAUGGUAUGGAUAACAUGGGAUAUUAUCCUUCCUCCGGAGCUAACCUUGACCCCAACCAGCCUCAGGGUCAACCGGGGUCAGAGUCCUGGUGUUAAAGGUCACCCUGGGUCAGAUAUAAAGUGAUUCCUGCCGUCCAACCACGCCGUCAAUAAGGACGUUUAGUUCAAUGAUUCUCGGGAAGAGAAUCUGUUUCUAAUAAAGAACUGUUUCGAAAUGGAAAGUGAUAAAAUCUACAAAUCGUUUUUUUUAAUUAGUCUGAGCCGAAUUUUUGUGCAUUUCCUUUGCUAUUAUAAAGUACUUCUUAAAACCCGAUUUUCGUACGAUUUGCAGUGUAAUUAAAAUUGGGGGGUUAUGUACAUCCUUUUACAUAAAUAACAUGCUUGUACAUAAAUCAUCUAUAAUUUCAUUAUGUACAUAAUAAACUCGUGUUGAUCUCAGAUCCCUCCCCCCCCCCCCCGUCUUAAAUGUAAAUAAACAGAAGAGCUGCAGUACAUUAUCUCAAAUCUACAGAAAAAUGUCUAAAAUCUCAGAUCUACAAAUUGUCGUCUCCUCUUAGCUGUUGAAUAUUAAAGAUUGCAUUUUGUUAUUUUUAGAAAAUAAAAUAUUACGAAAUAUUA